GGUGCUUCACUGUGGUUUAACAACUAAUGUGUGUCGCUUUCAUGAUGAGCUGCUUUUAUUUGCAUAGAGAUGCGUAGCAAAGAAACUGCAGUAUUGCAUGAUUUUUUUAUUUCAAAUUGAUUUGCAUUCAAACUCUCUUUUAUGGACCUUUCUUAGUUUAAAAACUGUACGACUAUAUCCAUGUUGCUAGAACUACAACCAUCUUUAAAUGAUUGUGGGUCGGUAGGCCUAUACAUGAAUAAAUAUUUGGCCAAUUAAUUAAUACUCCAUAGUUUCAUACAUGCAAUCAGAACUCGUUGUCAUAAGUAUCAGUGUCUUGUAGUGAGAGGGAAAAGGACCCCCGGAUGUGUCCUUAAACACAACACGGACAGAGGGAUUACACACUUUGCUGGAGACAAUACAAGGACUUUUAACAGCAGCCAUGGUGGACGCGGCGGCAGCGGAGCGGUUCCUGGACGCCAACCCGCAGUUCGCCAAGCAGUACUACGACGCCAACUUCCGGCCCAAGGUGGUCUCGGACCUGCUUGACAGCAACCGGAAGGUGGCGAUGGACAUCAGCGAGUUCCACGACCUGACGGCGGUGGAGGAGAGCGAGGUCCUCUUCGACCUGAUGCGGGACAUCCAGGACAACCUGCAGAUGGAGAAGUCCGUCUUCAACCUCAUGAGGCACCUCAGCUUCAUGAUGAGGGCCGACCGCAUGAGCCUCUUCAUGUACCGGCAGAGGAACGGCGUGGCCGAGCUGGCCACCAGGUUAUUUAAUGUCAACAAGGAUUCCCAGUUCGAUGACUGCCUGGUGCCGCCUGACAGCGAGAUCGUGUACCCGCUGGAUAUGGGCAUCGUGGGCCACGUGGCCUCCACCAAGAAGAUGGUCAACAUCGCCGAUGUGUCGGAGAGCGCUCACUACAGUGAAUUUGUGGACGAGCUGACGGAGUACAAGACCAAGAGCGUCCUCGCCAUCCCCAUCAUGAACGGUAAGGACAUGGUGGCCGUGAUGAUGGCGCUCAACAAGCUGGACGGGCCGCGCUUCACCGCCAAGGACGAGGAGACCCUCAACAAGUACCUCAACUUCGGCAACCUGAUCCUGAGGGUUUUCCACCUGAGCUACCUGCACAACUGUGAGACCAGGAAGGGACAGGUGCUGCUGUGGUCGGCCAGCAAGGUGUUCGAGGAGCUGACGGACAUAGAGAGGCAGUUCCACAAGGCCCUGUACACGGUGCGCGCUUUCCUCAACUGUGACCGCUACUCCGUGGGGCUGCUGGACAUGACCAAGACCAAGGAGUUCUUUGACCUGUGGCCAGUCCUUAUGGGAGAAGUUCCACCGUAUGAUGGACCCAAAACUCCCGAUGGAAGGGAAAUUAUCUUCUACAAGCUGAUCGACUACAUCCUGCACGGAAAGGAGGACAUCAAAGUCAUUCCGAACCCUCCGGCGGAUCACUGGGUCCUGGUCAGCGGCCUCCCGACCUACGUGGCGGAGACGGGGCUGAUUUGUAACAUAAUGAAUGCCGGUCAGGAUGACUUCUUCAAGUUCCAGAAAGAGCCUCUGGAUGACUCCGGAUGGACCAUUAAGAACGUCCUGUCGAUGCCAAUCGUCAACAAGAAGGAGGAGAUAGUGGGCGUGGCCACGUUCUAUAACAGGAAGGAUGGGAAACCCUUUGAUGAAAUGGACGAAACUCUGAUGGAGUCUCUGACCCAGUUCCUGGGCUGGUCGGUGCUGAACACCGACACCUACGACAAGAUGAACAAGCUGGAGAACAGGAAGGACAUCUUCCAGGACAUGGUGAUGUACCACGUCAAGUGCCGGAAGGAUGAAAUCCAGCACGUCCUGAACACCAGGGAGAGGUGGGGGAAGGAGCCGGAUGAGUGCGAGGAGGAGGAGCUCCAAGAGAUUCUGUCCGAGGUCCUGCCGGACUCCAAGAAGUGUGAGCUCUUCGAGUUCCACUUCUACGACUUCCACCACAGCGAGCUGGAGCUGGUCAAGUGCGGCAUCAAGAUGUACUACGAACUGAAAGUGGUGGACAAGUUCCACAUCCCCAGAGAGACCCUGGUGAGGUUCAUCUUCCUCAGCAAAGGCUACAGGAGGAUCACCUACCACAACUGGAGACACGGGUUCAACGUGGGACAGACCAUGUUCACCCUGCUGAUGACGGGGGAUCUGAGGCGUUACUACACGGUGGAGUGCAUGGCCAUGGUGACCGCCGGCCUGUACGACAUCGACCACCGCGGAACCAACAACCUGUACCAGAUGAAGUCUGGUAAUCCGCUGGCGAAGCUUCAUGGAUCCUCCAUCUUGGAAAGACACCAUCUGGAGUUUGGGAAGACUCUGCUGAGAGAUGAAGCGUUGAACAUCUAUCAGAACCUGAACCGCCGGCAGCACGACACCGUCAUCCACCUCAUGGACAUCGCCAUCAUCGCCACGGACCUGGCCCUCUACUUUAAGAAGAGGACGAUGUUCCAGAAGAUCGUGGACCAGUCCAAGACCUACGAGAACUGGAACGAAUGGACCAAGUACAUGAUGCUGGAGACCACGCGCAAGGAGAUCGUCAUGGCCAUGAUGAUGACGGCUUGUGACCUGUCUGCCAUCGCCAAACCAUGGGAGAUCCAGAGCAAGGUGCACGAGGCCAAAAUGGCCGCCAUCGAGGAAGCGAAGAAAGCCAAGGAGGAGGGAGCUCAGAAAGCUGUGGGAGCCAAACAGGGUGCGAGUGCGGCGCAGUCAGACUCAAAGACCUGUGUGGUCGGCUGAAGGGGCUCCAGGUCGCUUGUGGUUGCUUGCUGCCUGCCUGCCUGCCUGCCGUGGUCCGGCGGGGGCUCUUCUUGUUACGCAGCUUUUACUCACGCGCGCCUGCCUCCUGUUUUUUCCUUCUGCACAGCUUCUUCCCGGGCCCACCCUCUUGUUACUGAACACCCCAUAGUCUGCUUACAAAGAGAGAAAAAAAACAAGGGUAGAAGACAGGAGUUCUGGUUAAAAGGGCCGUUUUAGUCGGUGGAGUCUGGAGUUGUGGAAAAGCGGCGUGUGAAGGGAAGAUAAAGCAGUGAAAACGUUCACACGGUGAUACUUUCAGGUGUCUAAAGUACAUCAGAGUGCAGAGCCAGGCCUCCAGGCUGGUCUGUUUUCUCCAAACUAUCGUAAGUAACUCACAUAACCCUUCAAACGCUAUCUCUCUAAAGUGUUUUUAAUGUGAGCUACAGUUUCUAGAAGUGGAUGUAAAGUUUACAAACCGGUUCCUUUUCACUAAGCAAUUCCAUGCAAGUCUUUUAAAAAUGUUGUAUAAUGCUAAAAAACAACUGCUACGUGGAAAAGUGCUUCAGCAGAAAAGCAGCAGAUCGACAAAAAGACAAAAAUUCCACUCAAAGAAUCUGAGAUGGUUGAACUUUCAUCUCCGGAUGACAGCGGGGUCAACAGUCCAAGUUUGUGAAGAUAAUGAAACGGAAGGACAAUGUAGACUGUGAACGGCGUCGCUGCAUCAUUACUGAGGUGUUUUGUAGUUAAAGCUUAUGAGAAGAAUGUUAUUUUGAGACUUUUUUUUCAUCUUGCUCACGUGACGUUUAUCUUUAGAGUCGGUCGAUACUGCGGAUCAAAGCAGGCAAAUGUGUUUCUAUUUAAUGCUUUCUCCAAAUUUACUGAAGUAAUAAUGAGGAAAUGUGCAUUUGCUUAUAAGUCUCUUUGCAGAUAGAAGUAAAAAUAUGGUAUUUUCCCACUGGA